AAUGUGAUACAUCCAUUUCCUUUCAGGCAAACAACACAGUUCUGUGGCAGCACAAAAGCUUUGCUUCUAGUGCAAAAUCUUAAACAUUCAGAAAACUAUUGCUCCUCUGUGGACGUAGCAAUCUGUGUUUGCUAUUUGGAUGUUAUGGAUAAGAACAGUACUUUUCCUCCAAUCACAUGGCCACCAAAGUUUUGGGAGCAGAUAACAAUAGCCUUCACAGUGUCCAUGGUGAUUGGACUGGUGAUCGGAGGGAUCAUCUGGGCAUUUUUCACCUGCUUGUCCCGUCGCAGAGCUAGCGCCUACAUUUCCCAGGGGAGCCCCUCAUCCUUCAGCCGUCGGUCCAGACCUCCCUCCCAUGGCCACGCUGCCAGCAGGACUGGAUUUUACCGCAACAGCAGCUGCGAACGUCGGAGCAACCUCAGCCUGGCCAGCCUCACCUUCCAGCGGCAAGCCUCCUUGGAGCAGGCCAACUCCUUCCCCAGGAAGUCGAGCUUCCGUGCAUCCACCUUCCACCCUUUUCUGCAGUGUCCUCCCCUGCCCGUGGAGACGAACAGUCAGCUGAUCACCCUCACUCCCACAAACACCACCACAACCCUUGUGGGAAGCACCACCAACAGCCUGAGUCGACCUGAAUUCCACUGGUCUAACAACAACCUCCGCAUCUGCCACUCCACGCAAACCCCGCCUCCUGCCUAUGAAUCCAUCAUAAAAGCCUUCCCAGAAUCCUGAGUUCGUCCUCGCUGCAAACACACACGUCCGUCUUAGGAGGAACCUCAAUUAUCUCCACGAUUUUCUGUGCAUGAUGAAGAUCUCUGAGACGUCUCCAGCUGCAGUUGCAGAGGGGACAUACUUUGCCAAGAGGCGUGUAGCAGUGACUUCAUGGAGCCCGACAUCCCACUGUCUGAGAGAUCACUUGUCUUUGCAGUGCUGGCUUUUAUUUACUGCUCUGCUCUAUGCUUGCUUAUUUAUAGUGUUGUAUCUUUAAUUGCAGCCUUUGUCUCUUUAUUUUAGAGGGAAAAAUGCUGCCACAUAAAAGCUAAAUAAUUUCUUGAAGGAACAGAUAAUACUAGAGAUUAUUGAUAUACACAGCACAUCAAUGCAAAUUUCACUAUUCCUUUUCUUUUUUUUAAGAGGUUUUGAUUUUACAUGUUUUUGUUAUGUUUUCAGAGAGCACCUCCCAUUACCCACCUUCUUGCUGUAACCCCAGAAGAACUUCAGCCUGAGGAACCUUAAAUGCAGACCUCAUAGAGGAAGCACUCCUGGCUGCAGAAGACAUCCUGUUCUGUUGAUUGCAAAGAUCUGAUCUGAAAAGAUUCCAUAUUAGGGAUGCUUGUUUAAAAUUCCCCAGUGUGGGAAAAAACUGUGAAGUAUAUGAAGCUUCAUGCAGAAAGAAGUUUUGAACAACAUACCAAAUGCAUGAUGACAAUUCUAAGGAAUUUUCUGUCUGCAGCCAGCAGAACAGGUAGUCACAUUUUAAUACUCAGUGAAGCUGUAUGGGCAGAACUCCUCAUAUUUCAUUUUUCUAAUUCUGGUUAUCCAGAUAAGCAGUAUGAAUGACAACUAUUUUUUGUAAUUAAGUUUCCUGAUUUCCUAUGGGAUUAGUCAUUUCCUUAUUUCAAAUUGUUUUUCUCAAAUUGUACCAACGUUUAAUUCUUUCUUUUAUUCACUGAAAUCUUGUCUUUCACUAAAACAAGAUUUCAGACAUCUGUGGCUGAACACAGGGAUUCUAUAAUGAAUUGGGAUAUGAAGAUAAAGAUGAAGUAUUAGUUGAGGCUUACAUAUAUUCUUGACUUUUAUAUGUGUAUCAUGACAAACUAACCCCUGGCUUAGUAGAGACUAAUUGCACUGAUGUGACAAAAUAUUCAGGAUUUGGAAAUAACAGAGACAAACGGGACCCGAAUUAAGUCUUAUUGUAUCUGUUUCCUGUUAAAUAUUUCAUGUUCAAAUUAAGGGUGAAGAAUUUCCACAACUAGAGGAGCUGUCCACACUCCACAUUUUCAAAUAUACCUGUUGUUUCUAAAAGGCUUGGGCAAUACCAGCCUCAGGACUCCUGAUUCUGAUGGGGCUUCUGUAGGUUCAAUAAAUUCUUAUGUCUCUUCUGGGAGGGACAAAGACUCAGCAGCUUCUGGGAAUGGGCAAAAUGCUCAACAUCUCCCAGGUUUUCCAGGCUUUUGGAGACUGGAAGCUUGCAUCCCUUUGCUGAGGUCAAUAUCUCCUGGGGAGCACUGACAUUGAUCUCUGAACCUCAGUAUUCCAGCCCAAUGUCCACCCAUUCGCAAAUAAUGCUACAAACAUUAAGCUUAUAAGCAAUACUUAUUGUAAACAACAAGUAUUCCUUAUUGUAAAGGCAAAUUAUUUUGCAUAUAUUUACUGGCUGGAUUUCAUUGUUUCGUUUCUAGUGUGCAACACAUCUCUAGAUAUGUGUGUCAUUGCUAGAAGAAGAACCAUUUACAGAGUUUACAGAGUAUUUCACUGCAGACACUAUGGGUUCUAGCACACCCAGAACUGGCUGGAACACUGCAUUUGGCUGACCACAGGCUACAGACUUAACACAACAGUCCUCUGAAGAACGAAGGAAAGUUGUGCCUUUUCAUUCAUUAAUAUUUUUAUUUCUUUUUUUCAUUUAGAGUUUUUCUGAGUCUGAUGAAUUUCUUUGCACGCCAAAGUAUGUUCAAGUGUCCUUCCUAUAGGAUAGGUGAUGCAGCCUAUUCUAACCUGCCUACAAAAAGUAGAAUUCAAGCCUGCUCCCUUUGUUUAGUGGGUUUGAUGAGCUGUGGAAGAGACAACUUAACCUACCAUCUGCGUACCCAGUGUGCACCCAGCUGGCCAAAACUGCUUGUUCUUUGAGAGUGAAAUAAUUUUAGAUGAGUAAAUUUUUACCUCUGGAUUUUAAGUGUACAUUAUAUUACAGUAGAACUUUCCACAACGCAAUUAUUACAUGAUUGUAACUUGUAUUACACUGUAUUUAGUAAAUAAGGUAAAGAGGGAAGCUUAAAUGUACUGUAUUAUUUUUCCUCCUGAAAUCUGCACUGGACAUCAAAACAUUUCUUAUGUGCCCUGGAUUAGGGAGACUAAAACCACACAUUUGGUGCAUAGCCAAUAUGACUGUCAGAUGCCUAAAACUUGUUUUCACAUCUGAAAUGUUUUGCAAGCAUUCAGGAGGAUUCAGAAUGUGGAAUAAAAUUAGAUGCUAUAAUCUCAAGCUCAUGUUUUUUUCUUAAUGAUGAAUACGUGACUUGCAUAAAAGAUCUUUUAAAGGGAAGAGUAUUAUCUUUAAUUAUGCAACCUGACACAGUUAGAAAUGUGAAUGAGGACUCCCUCCUUCCUUUGUUUCUGUGGGGAAACACCCCAAAACUGAAGAUGUUACUUAAAGUCAGAAUUUGACCUAUGAGAACAGCUUCAAAUGAUUACAAGUGAGAAGAUCUCUUACAAGUAUCAGUGCUUACAGGUAUCAAAUCCACUGGUUUAUAACUAUUUCGCCUUCAAUUCACAUUGUGUUUGAGCAAAUGCUUGCUUUAAGCAAAAGGGCAAUCACUAUAAGGUUCAUGCUUAAAUGGACUCAUGCACAUUUUAUUUCAUUAGAACCAAAGCACACUGCACAGCACCAACCCCGAAAUUAACACCAUGAUUCAGGAAUCACUGUGUGUUCGAUAUGAAAAAAAAGAUUAUAUUUGCUUAAUGAAAUUGUCUUUUAUUUCAAUUUAAAAUACUAGAAAUAAGAGCUGAAUUAAAACAGUGUGUUACUGCAGAUUUCAAGGUUUCAGAGCAUUCACAAGCAUGCAUUGAACUUGACAAUUAUUUUGCAUGUAAUACAAUUAAAAUGAUGCUCCCAGAAUCACAUAGGGACAGAUAGGCAGGACCAACAUCCAGAUAUCCUGACAACUUGUUCUGCAUAAGCACAACUAUCCUCUUCAUGAAGAGAAAUGCUAUCCUGUUAUUGUGUACAUCCACAGAAAGAGUCACUCCAGUUAUGGGUUCAUAUAGAAACUUGACAGCUCUUUGUCAGAGAAUAUUUUUGUUCCAUCUUAUCUACAAAAGUAGCUCAUGCCAUAUUCCUUGACCUUUCCCCGCUGAACAGCUGCUGACCACCUCUUUAGACAGCUACUGAUUACUAUACCGUAACACACUGAUCAUGCAGUAUUUUUGCCAAACCACAUUUUUCAAGUUCACUUUUAAUUUAUCAUGAAGCUUUUGAAUCAUCUCAACAUCCAUUCUUAAGUAUAAAAUGAAAACUAUGCUCACUGGAAAUAUCCUCUCAGAGGUGAAAUGACACAUGCCAGAUCCCUGACCUAUAAGCAUUUGAUAAAAUUAGAUGAUGUUUAUGAUGCAGUACAGCUUCUGGAAAAAGCAAAAAAAAAGAUAAUACUAAUUGGAAAUUUACCUUUGCCAAGUCCAGAACAGACUAAAGAAAAGGUGAGAUAACUUCAAAAUACUUAGAAGAGUAUUUUAGAAGCUAAACUUUCAAAGUCUUAAAACUCAAGGAAAAUACCUGUAUCUUAAUUUGGGUCUCUUAAUAAAAGUGAGUUUUUAAAGGGU